AUGGCAACAUUCAUGGAGACUACUAUGAAUUACCAUCUGGACCCGUCCAGGGGCGGUUCAAAAGCAAGCACCUUUGGAACGGUCGGUGUUCUUCGUCGAAAGUUCGACUCACGUCCUAUCCAAAUACAUGAUCUACGGGGUUUGGAGAGCGAGUUCGACAUCCAUACACAUUCUUUCCAGACCUGCAAUUGGAAACCUAGCACUACAUCACUCGAAUCCAAUGACAUCAAGAGUAUUAUCUACCACGAGGCUGAGGAACUUAUCAAGUCGAUUACCAAGGCAUCGCGAGUGCACUGCUUUUCUCACCUGAUCCGACAAGAUACCUUCGAAGCUAACGUCGAGGCGCUAAAGGAGCUCGAGACUACUAGAGGCAGAGAAAAUGUCUUGGACACAGAAGGGUUCGGGCCCACAGUUCCAGCACAGUUUGCACACGUUGACCAGUCUGAAAAGGGGGCUCGCAGCCUCCUUGGAGACCACCUCCCUGAUGAGGCAGAGAAGCUGACCAAGACCCGAUGGGGAACUGUCAACCUCUGGCGGCCGAUUAAAACAAUUGAACGUGAUCCACUAGGCUUCUGCGAUGGCCGUACUGUGAGUGAUGAGGAUUUGGUUCCUGUAGACACAGAACCACCAGCAAAGGGCACAAGCAAGUUCUACGAGAGCGUUUCUAAAUAUGGAUUCCAGGUGCUUGAAGUUCGGGCGAACCCCAAGCACAAAUGGUAUUACCUCUCAAACAUGCGACCAGAUGAGGCUCUGGUUUUCAAGUGCUACGAUUCGAAGAACCCCUCCGAGAGUCGCUGCUGUCAUUCCUCCUUUCGACUACCGCGAAAAGUCGAAGCGCCAAGGGAGAGCAUGGAAAUGCGCUUCUUCGUGUUCUACGAGAAUGAAUCGGUUGAAGGGUGA